AUUUGGUAUUUUGUUCGGCUUCUGCAGUCUGCAUUCAACAAGAAAAUACUUGUUCUUGGUGCGGAAAUCAAGAUUUGUGAAUUUUGAUUAUAAUUUGAAACUUUAUUAUAAUUUGUCCAAACAAUUUGAACAGUAAAGUGAUUGUUAAGAUGUUUUAGCAAUUGACACUUAAUAAUAAUUGUUAAUAAAUAGAGGUAACGCAAGCACAGACAUAAUUCAUUCACCAACUUGCCGAUAAACAUGGCAAGUUGUUAUUGGUUUCAAGUGAAAUUUUCUGACCCUGAUCUUCUUUUGAGAAUUACUAACCGAGAAUAUUGGCCUUGAAUUGAACGGCAUUGUAAUACAAUAUGUCAAAUGUACCAUCAGCUUCGGGAUGCGAAUCGGGAAAUAAUGGGAACGGAGGAGGGGGAAGCGGCGUGGCCGGAGAAAGUCUGGAUGGAGAAGACCAGGAGGAUUCUUCUUCCUCCUCUUCCUCUUUUGACCAUAACUCUGAGAAGAAAGAAUCUGAUGAAUUGGCCAAUUUCAGAGCUCAGUGGCAACGUGAAUUGAAAAGCGUAUCACCAGCACGCAAAACAACAAAAGAGAAUGACUCAAACUUCGAAGAUGUAACUGUUGAAGAAAAGGCUAAAUAUCUGUUCGUGAAAGGUGCUGAGUAUGAACAAGCUGGAAAACUUUAUGAAGCCAUCCAUUUCUACAAGAAAGCCGUGCAAAUGGUUCCUGACAUCGAGUUUAGACUUUAUGAGGAGACAUCGAAGCAAGCUAGACAGACACAUGAUGUCGAAGUGAUCAGUGAACACAACCUUAGAACCGAUGAUGAGUACAUAAAUGAAGACUCGGAAGAUGAUUGUGACAAUAGGAUUAGCCUCCUGGCACGUUUGCAGCGAAUCGUCAACAGGACACACUGCGUCUGCCAGCCAAAAGAUCAACAAAAGAGUACACAUAUAUCGGAAUUGCCAAUGGAAAUAAUAUUAUACAUCCUACGUUGGGUGGUCUCCUCGGAGCUGGAUCUGCGUUCAUUGGAGAUGUGCUCUCGUGUAUGCCGCGGCUUCUAUGUGUGCAGUCGAGAUCAGGAGAUAUGGAGGCUGGCUUGUCUCAGAAUUUGGGGUCUCCAUUGCGGUGAAUCAUCCACUUUUGGAUCGUGGAGAGAAAUGUACAUCGGAAGGCCACGUCUGCAUUUCAACGGCUGUUACAUAAGCAAAACAACGUACAUCAGGCAGGGUGAAAACAGCUUUCAAGAUCAAUUCUACAGGCCUUGUCAUAUUGUUGAAUACUAUCGAUACCUCAGGUUCUUCCCGGACGGCAAAGUAAUGAUGCUGACAACGCCUGACGACCCCUACUCUGGUGGAGUCAGCCGCCUAGGGAGCCGUGUGCCCCGCCACCAGGAGGCCACCCUGGUCGGACACUACCGACUCACCGACCAGCGGGUGGCCGUCGCUCUGCAGCGGCAAGACGCUGCCGCCACCGCCUCCGCUUCCGCCUCGACACCCGUCAACACCAACCGGCGGUCUCGCCGACCCGCGCCCAACAACCUCCACAACCAGACCUUUCAUCUGGAGCUGCAGAUCGCGUCGUACAGAUCGCAGGUGCACAAUCAGUUGAUCUGGACUGGCUACUCGGUGCUGACCCGCAACUGGGCCGGCCAGGAGACCAACACCUCCUUCGAACUGGUGCCCAACCGGUUUCCACCCUUCUGGUUCUCCAGGGUCAAGAGCUACAACGCCAAGUCUGAGAGUCCUCUGUCGUGAGUAACCCAGUUGCACUUUCCAUCCUUCAGUUAUUUUCUCAAUAUUUCGAUGGCCUAUAAAAAGUGAUAGUACCUAGCAACAAUUCGGUUUGUUAUCUGGUUCUGUAAUCAAGACUUUAUUUAGUGUUAUAUUUCAAUCUAGUUCCUAGUGAGUUUGUUUGAAAUGAGUCAUUUGAAGAUGCUAAAGUUGAUGACCACUCUCCUGAAAGAUCGAUGGAUGACUUUUGAUGAUUUAUGAGUUUUUGUGUAAUUUCAUGGAAGAUGGUGUUAAUAACGUAAUAAUGUUUGUGUGUUUUGUAUGAAAUCUUUAACUUAUGUUUCGAUAUCCGAUUGUGGGUAUCUGUUAAAGGACCCGUCCAACCGAAGAUUUAUAACUGCGUGAUCCAAUAUAGAAUUCUGAAUUCUAUCUACAAGUAGGCUAGCAGAAUUCAGACCGUUGAUCACAUGAUUAUGUAAUUUGAGUUGACUAUGCGAAACAAUUAUCAUCAAAUUGUUUUGAAACCUUUUGAAGUUUAUUUCCAUGUUAAACUUGAGCACAUUCACAAAUGUGUUUGACUUGGAUAAAUGAUCUUUAACAUGAUCUCAGAUUUUUUACUAGGAAAAAUAUAUAUUCAAACUAUAUUAUUGGCGGAAGAGCUGUUGAUAUUUUUCUGAAAUAAUCGACUCAGGUUUGUUGACUAAUAAGUGAGUUUGUCAGGACUGGAGGUGAAAAAUCUCAAUUUCUUAAGCUGCCUUUAUACCAAGUUGGUUAAUAACUUAAUCCUUAUAGAUUCUAUCAGAUUGAACGGAACUUGACAAACACAUGUCUCAUCAUGUGUAUGAUAAGUUAUGUUCAAUCUAAUAAAAUCUAUAAGGAUUAAGUUAUUAACAUUUUGUUAAUAUCUUUGGUGUAAACACAGCUUUAUACUACGAAUUCUAACAACGAUUACUUGUUCGUUAUAAUUAAUACUUGCUCAUUUAAGUAGCAUCCUACUCAUCGUUUAUUGGAAUAUAUUUAAAUAUAAUUUCAAAAGUCUUGAGAUAUUGCUAUAAUAACUUAUUGUUAUAUUUUGGUCAAAUUUGUUAUGUAAAUAUUGAAUGUAUAAUGAAUGUUUUUAUAUGAUUAAUAAUACUCUACAAUUGGUUAUUGAACAAGGUGAACAAUAAAAAUAUGUGCUACUUAUCACUGUAAAUUCCAAGUAAUAAUAUUGUGAAUGGUAAAAUUUUGAAUUUAUCAAUUUGGCUUGGCCAUCAAGUACUGUAUAGCUUUAUUUGUAUAUUUUACAUAUAACAUUUGUAUGUACCCGUAUCCUCGAUAGCGUUAUUGUUGAUGAAUUUAUUUGUAACCACUAACUACAAACGUGGUUAAAAUACAUGUCGUGUAAUAAGAGUUAUUGUUGUUGAGUCAACUCAAUUUUUCCAUUGAUAGCUAGACUCAUAAACUUUGUUAAUCAUUGUGUGAUUAAAAAUUAAAAAAUAUAUAUUUUAAUUAGAUGUGGUUAAACCACAUUAAUAAUUCUUUCAAUUAUAUUAUAAGAAAAUUUUGUUUUUGACAAACUUUAUCCAGUCAAUUCUCUGUAACAGUACAAAAGAAUUUCCAGCAAAGAACUUUUCAUGCGAAGUACAAAUUAUCUAUUUUUCGAUCUAAUUGUAUGAUGUUUAUUGUUCAUAACACUGUAUUCCUAACGAAUAAUUUAAUAGAACAAUCAAUCAGCUGAAUAUUACCCAUUCUUAAUUAUUUUACCUAUUGUUUUUGUAAUUUAACCUUAUCAUUGUGUUGGAAUAAAAAAUACAAACCUG